AGUAAAAGUUCAGUCUAAAAUUUCAAACAUAAAUUUUUUGUAUAUUAUGGAUAAGGAAAUGUCCACCUUUAUUGAUACAAUGAUAGAAGCAAAACCGAAGAGUUCUGGCUGUGUAAUCUCAAGAAAGAUUCGUUUUCUGGAUACAAUAUUACCAGCAAAAUUGGAAGUCAUCGUAGAACAAUGCCAAGAAUCCCCGGAAGCUCGACACAAAGGCAUACUAAUAGAGGGAGGUAUCAGGAGAUGCUCUAAUGGCCGAAAUUUUCAAUUAAAAUCUGGGGAAAUUAUCGGCGAUUGUCAACUAAAUACGAAUAGAAAAAGAGAAGAAAUGGUGCAACAGGUAAAAGAUGACUUUGCGGUAGAAAUUGGAUUAAGUGUCGAGUAUGCCACUAUAAAGGGUAUACUGAUGAAGAAUGGAAUUCGAACAUACUCAGAUAAUGUAUCAAGUUCCACUAAAGAAAAGAACAAGGAUACAGUCAGGAAAGAGCUUUCUCCUGUUGGGUACUUGAUCGAGGAACAAAGAGAGGAAAACGUUCAGCAGUUGAGCUCUUAUACUAAGCCAGCUUAUAUCAAGGGAACUAAAUUAGAAAAAGGUUUCAAAGAGACUUGGGAAUAUGACGCAAGGGACUUUGAAACACCUGAAGAAUUCUCGAAUGAUAUGGCGCAAAUUAUCAAUGAUAUUAAUCACUUUACAGCAAAUUUAGAGAGAAAUUCCCAUAGCAUUGAUUGGCAAGAAUUCCGUUUAAAUCUACUGAAGAUACAUAGAUACUACAUGAAGAAAUUGCAGACUCUAGAUUCACAGAAAUCCAAUGAUACCGACGAUCAGGAAAGUGCUGAAAUUGAUAUUGAUCUAGCUCAAUUUGAGCUUGAAAUUGAAGAUGUGAUGGCACCAUUAAAUAAACUCAUCAUACGCACCAAAACACUCAGCAAUCAUAUUGAAGGCGUUGAGUAUAAAAUCAACAGUUUAGACUUGAAAGCGCAGGAAUUCUACAAGAAAUAUAAUCAAACGCUUUUCAAUAGGGAGAAGGCAUUUAACGAUAUGUUGACACUGCAAUCAAUGCGUGAAAAAAUUGGAAAAAGGCUCUCUCAAAUCGAGAUGGAAAUUCAUACAUCCCGCACUCAACUUCUCCAGCGAGGUGUGCAGAAUAAAUGAGGUUAAAUUGUAGGUCUCUUCAGUAUGAAAUGCUCAAGUUACCAAUUUUACUUAUGAACCUCAUUCGGAAGAGUAACAAUUACUCUGAUUGUUACCUUGGGACCUUGUUAUGGUACUUUGCAUACGAAAAACUCGUCUGAAAUGUCUGAGAAAGUCAUAAAGGUGUGGCCAACUCAAAUUUUAUAUUUGUCUUCAACUGAUGACCGUUAAUCGUUAUGUAAUAAAUUCUGAAGUAUUCCAAAUUA